AUGUCCAUUGCCUUGAGCCUCUUUUGCCUCAUCUUCCUUCACACAACAAACAUGUCCGGCCUCGCCAUGAUCCAAGGCUCCCUCGCAAAGGACCUCCGCUCCCCCUCCCAAACCAUGUGGUUCACCACCAGCUACCUCAUCGCCUCCUCCUCCCUGACGCCCCUCGCCGGCAGCCUCGCAACCACCUUUUCGCCGCGGUCCAUCGUCCUGCCAAGCGCGGUGCUCUUCUCCCUCGGCAGCCUCGUGGCAUCGCAGGCGCAUUCCUUCCCGGUCUUUAUGCUCGGCAGGGUGGUUAUGGGCUUUGGCGGCGCGGGCGUCGUUGUCAUGUCGGUGGUGUUCGUCAUUGAGCUGGCGGGGAAGCGCCGGAGGGGCGUCAUGAUUGGGGUUGUGAACACGGCUUAUACGCUGGGCGUGUCUGUGGGAGCGGCGGUCUAUGGGGUGUUGCAGCCGGUUAUUGGAUGGAGAUCACUCUUCUGGCUCCAAUCCGCAAUCAUCCUCCUGGCUGGCUUUGGACUAUAUCUCAGCCUGCCAGAGUCCAUGUCGUCCUCUCGCACUGAACAAGACGGCAAAGCUGUCUCUCUUCGACAAAAGCUCGCCAACAUAGACUACCUCGGCGCAGUCCUCCUUAUCCUCACCAUCGUCCUCUUCCUCUACUCCCUCGCAGGAGACAUCCACCCCACGCCCCUCAUCCUCUCCCUCCUCUCCCUCCUCGCCUUCAUCGCCGUCGAAUUCACCCUCGCCCCCAGCCCAAUCAUCCCCCUCUCCGUCCUCUCCUCCCGCGGCAUCCUCCUCUCCUGCCUCUCCCAGCUCGGCCUCCUCACCGGCCGCAUGAGCAUCAUCUUCUACACGCCCAUCUUCAUGCUCGCCGUCCGCGGCAGCCCCGCCGCCACCGCGGGAUCCGUCCUCAUCGCCAGCAACGUCGCCCUCUCCCUCGGCGGCCUCCUCAUCGGCUGGCUCCACAUCCGCCGCGCCGGCUCCUACUACCUCUCGCUGCUCGUCUCCAUCCUGUGCCUCGACGCAACCUUUUACGCGCUGGCCGAGCUGUCGCGCCCGGCGACCCCUUCCUACGUCUUCGUCGCCACCGUCUGCUUCAGCGGCUUCGUCACGGGCAUAGUCAUCAACUAUGCGCUCGUCCACAUCCUGCACCUGAGCCACGCCAACACCGAAUACGUCACCACCAGCCUCUUUGCUACGUUUCGAGGCUUCGGCGCAAGUUUCGGCACGUCCCUUGGCGGAGGCAUCUUCUACCGCGUCCUGCGUUCUGAUCUCGUCAGGGAAUUCCUCGCCCUUGACGGGACGGCUGAGCUUGGUCCGGCGAGGAGGAAGCUCGUCGACAGGCUGCUUGAGAGUCCGGAACUCGUGUGGCACGGCGGCGAGCUGUUAAAGCUAGAGCCGCAAGAGAGACAGAUUGCCGUGGAGGGCUACGCUGAUGCUAUCAAGGGCGUGUGGCGAGCUGCCGCAAUACUGGGGUUGCUCGUCAUUGCGGUGCAAGCCGCAGCUGGAUGGAAGUCUCCUAGAGAGGAGGCAACCAGGAAGUUGCAGCAUGAGCAUGAGCACGAUGCAUGA